GACUCGAGUAAAGGUAACGCAGUAAGAAGUUAGUAAGACGUAUCUAAUCCAGUCGAUCUAAUAAUGUAUACUAAAACCUCGUCCUCCUCACCUUGUCAUGUGCAGUGAUGCUAUCUCGUUUUCCAGUGGAGCUCCCGCGCCGUUCUGCUUGUCGAAAUGCUAAUUGUCAAUCAUAGGGUCUAGUAACCUUGUUCCGAUUUUCGCCGUGGCCGUACACUUCGCAAAUGGCCAGGCAUGCGAGCUUUCCAGGGUUGGGGUCGGUCCUGAUACAGCCCAGUCGAUGCGCAUGAAUCAGAGAGAUUAUUUGCGCACACUGCGACAGAGUUGUGUUGUUGAUGAUUCACUUGCAGGCGACGCUGUGAGACUGAGUCGAAGCUCCAAGAACUGUCCUGCUACAUGGGCCAUAACCUGUCUUGAUCAUUUCAACUGCAAUGAUAUUUUGGAUGACGUGAGUGUAUCUCUCAAAACAGGCCUCGCUUCCCUUGGUUUUGAGGACAUUAUAGUUGCCAACGCUUCAGCAUGCUUGAAUUUUGUGCCCGACUGUAUUGAGCGCCAGCAUUUAGUAUUGAAUGCAAACUUAAUGAAUAGGACUUGGGCAAACCUUCUUCCUCGAACUGCUGUUCUCGUAAAUUUAGAACAACUCAUACUAUGCUCGCAGCCAAAAGCUCUCGUUGCUGCACAAAUAGCGGCUCAAGACCAACAAGGAGAUGAAGCUGUGGUAGUGGCCGGGAAACUUGCCAGAGAGGCUGCAUUAGUAAUGCCGCCACGAAGGGCGCUCCUUGGUGUCACCGUAGAUGACUACCGGGCUUUCGUUGCCCUUGAUCCCAUUGGCGCGAGCUAUCCAUGGCUUGAGUACUCGUACCAAAAUGCCGACCUCGCAAAAAGGGCAGGGCGACAUUGUAACUUCCUUAAACCUAUAGGUGUCUCCACGCAGCCAAUGGAGAGGAAUUUUUCUUUCCGAGGCAAUGUUGACUUCAUUCAUAUCGGCGGGAUCACAAUCACAAGGCGAGCACGGGUCUUGGCCAUUCUUGAGAAUGCUGGGUGGAGGUCAGUCAUCGCCGAAGGCUACUUUCAUCAAGCGAGAGACAACAUUCUUGGACAAGCCACCGUCGGUAUCAAUAUUCACCGACAUCAGAGACGUCGCAUUGUUGAAGUGCUCAGGCUCCUCACCUACGCUACCCAUGGAAUGCUUAUUGUGUCUGAAUUCGAUCGUGGAGUUGAUGGAGUUUCAUGUGAAAUUGGGGAUAUGCUUCUAGAAUCUGAACUCCAAAAUGCUGUGUUUUUUUCUUCCUACUCGCUCCUUGCAAGUUGUGCGUCUGCGCUGCUGCAGUUCAAUACCCCUGCUAUAAAUGCCACAAAGCGCCUCGCAACUAAUGUGGCCAGGCUUGUUGAUUCAAGGCAGGAAAGGAAACUUCUCGCACCCGCAUUAUUGUCAUUGUUUCCUUACUGUAAUUUCUAUGGUUAUUAAUAGGGCAUAGCUUCAGCAGGUUGUCGGUGCCACUGCCAGUGUUGCUCGUCAUGACUCGGACUCGGAGUCUUCCUUUCCUGCCAGUGUUAUUUCAAGUUAUUUAUCUUCACCUUAUUUCGACUCGGAAGCUCCCGGGCCGGUUGGGUAUCCUGACUGAUCAGGGAGAAGGCUCUUAGGAGCUUGUUCAUUUUUAGGUCUUCCUUUUUUUAUUACUAGUACUAGUAACCUCACCGUGACUGGCAGGCUGAGGCACACUGGCACCGUGACGUUAGGUAGAGGUAGGGGGG